UGAAAAAGCGAGGGAGAAGGUGAAAUCACAGCAGCACAGAGGAGAGACCAAACAAGAAGGAGAGGAAGGAUGACUGGAGGAGAGCGUGCUGAUCAGUGAGGUCUCCAGAGAGGGAAAGGAGAGAGGAGAGGAAGGAGAUGAACAGGGAGAGGGGGGUGAGCAACCAGCACAGAGAAUAUCCAUCAGCUCAGGCAGCCAUGCUCUGAGCCCUGGAGCAGCAGGGCUACGCAGACAUUGCACAAGUCCAGCAUCAGGCCUAGCUCAGCCCUCCGUCCCAGCCACAAACACAGAGGCAGGGACAAAAGAAGAUACCCCACACAUCAGCUGUGCAUGAGAGCCAUGAGGACGGCCAGGAAGGGCAGCGUGGAGAUGCCUGCGUUCGUGCGGCAGCUGGUGAAAGAAACGGAGAAGAGGGUCAGCUAUUUCUUCAAGGGGAGCCGUGGGGGAGCAGCAGAGGGAGAGCAGCCAGGGGAGGGGGAGAAGGAGGAGGUCAUCCCCAGCCCCUAUCUGGACCGGCCAGUUCUGGACAAGUUGACAGAGGAGGGCUGCGCUCGCUGGGGCCUCACAUACGCCCUGGGAAGCAUGCAGGGCUGGAGGGCCAACAUGGAGGACUUCCACAACUGUGUGCCACAGCUGGGUGGAGAGCUGGCUGACUGGAGCUUCUAUUCUGUGUUCGACGGUCAUGCAGGCAGCACGGUGGCUCAGCACUGCUCCCAGCACCUUCUGGGUCAAAUCCUAGCCACAGGUGGAAUAGGACCAGAGGACGAUCCCGAAAAGGUGAAAGGUGCCAUCAUUGAGGGCUUCCUGCAAACAGACAAGCACUUGCACUCCGUGGCACGCCGAGAAGGCUGGGAGAGAGGUGGCACCACUGUGGUGGCCACUCUCAUCUCACCGUAUUACAUCUACUUCGCCAACUGUGGUGAUUCAAGGGCCAUGCUGUGCCGGUCUGGCCAGGUUUGCUUCUCCACUGAGGACCACAAACCUUACAGCCCUCUGGAGAAAGAGCGCAUUGAGAGCGCAGGCGGCUCCGUGUCCCUCCAGCGGAUCAACGGUUCCCUGGCAGUCUCCCGUGCUCUGGGGGACUUCAGCUACAAGGGGGCAGAGAACCGGACGCCCAGCCAGCAGAUGGUGUCACCAGAGCCAGAGGUGUGUGUGGUGGAGCGCUCACCGGCAGAUGAGUUCCUGGUGCUCGCCUGCGACGGGGUGUGGGACAUCAUCAGCAACGAGGAGCUGUGCGCCUUCAUCCACAACCGGCUGCGUGUGUGCACUGACCUGAGGGACGUCUGCACUCAAGUCAUUGACCUCUGUCUCUAUAAGGGAAGCUUGGACAACAUCAGUAUCAUCCUACUGUGCUUCCCUGGAGCCCCCCAACUGUCAGCAGAGGCAUUACACCAGGAGGCCGAGCUGGAGGACCUGCUGGAGUCCAAAGUGGCAGAAAUUUACGAUGAGCUGUGUGCCAGAGGGGAGGAACCGGACCUGUUGUCUGUCCUCACAGUCCUCGCAUCCACUGUCAUCCCUGGUUUACCACCAGGUGGAGGCAUACAGAGCAAAAGGAACUGCAUUAUUUCUGCCUACUAUCAACAAAGAGAGACACACAAGCCCACAGUACCAAAUGGCCUGGGAGGCUCCUGAGAAACCCUACUGGAUUUUGUCUCAGAGGAUCCAUGGAGGGGACUGUAAUUAAUGUCGAUAUUAAAAUUGUUAAAUUAAAAAAAUUUCUUCAUGUGUGCAAUUUGACAAAAAGGGAAGAUGCUGAACAAAAGGGUGUUUGUUUACAUCAUGCUAACAAGUAGCAUCUUGUCAGAACAAAUACAAUGCAAAAAUAGAUCUAAGAAAGCCUGAUACAUUUAUAUUUAUACAAGAAGGACAUUUUGUAAAACUUACUCAGAGACACUGACCCAGCAACAAACUUCUGCCUCAUAUUCAGUGAACAGACAGUACAGAUGCUAAUUUCAAAUGACGGCCUGUAAAACUGAAUAAUAACCAACUGUGAAACUGUCCAUUUUCAUUGGAUAAAAUAAGAAGUGUUAGAAAAUGUAGGGUUGUAUUUUAAAAAGGAUGUUUCAAGAAUAGAGAAAAUCUAAGAAUAAUUUAAAGAAUUUCAGUUUGCCUUUCAGCGACAAUAAAGAUUUUUUUUUUUUAAAUAUUGUCAGUGUUAGCCGAAAGAAAAAGAAAAUAAAAAAGCUGGCAUGCAGCUAACAUAUAUCCAUUUGUUAGAGGAACAGGAAAUGCUAACAUUUGGGCAGCUGAUAGGAGAGCACAAGUCGAUCUAUUUCCCUCAUAGUUGGAAGUGACAGACAAAUAAACACUGAUUGAGUAUUUUAUUCUGCUACUGGAGUCUCAACACACCCGUUAAGAAAAAAUACAUUUCACAGAUGAGCUAAAAUCUUUUUUGAAGAGGUGUUUUCUUUUACAUUUUUGUUGUUGUUGUUGUUGUUUUAAACAUUUAGAAUAAGAUCCACUUGGCUGGAGCGUUGUUUGGUAAAUUAGUUAUAUUUAUUAAAAUAAAAGUUAGGUUAUUAAUAAAAGAGCAUGUCGAGGUUUGAUUGUGACCAAAAAUGGAAUAAAAGUAUCCAAAUACCCUAAGAUCUGUAUUUACUAACCAGUCAAAAUUUAAUUUAAACAAAUAAGUUCUACCUGUACAACUUUUGUGCAAUAAUGUUUAUAUGUUAACUGAACACAUUCUUCAAUACCGUGUGUGUGAAAUGUAUUUUUUCCAUAAGUUCAUAUGUACUGUGCUGCCUUAUUCAUCUUUUAUAUAGUUGAUAAAACAAACAGCAUAAGAAUGGGUUGGUUUCAAGAUGGGUCAUUUUAUCUGCAUCGUACUGCAUUAUUUAUAUUAUU